AUGGCUACGAGAAGCCGGGGCGCCCCGUUGCCACCGCCGGCCAAUCCCUCCCCUCCUCCCACCUCUGGCGCUGGGGCCCCUCCCAACCGGACGCGGAGAGGCAAGCGCCCACAUUUCCGCCCUCCUAUUGGCCACAGUAGAAACGUCCCUCCUCCCCCCAUGGAGCGAAGGGACGUUCCUGUACGGAGGGGGGAUGUGGGCGGGGCCUGCGCGGCGGCGUCUUACGGAAAAGCCAAUCAGGCCCCGUAUGCCAUUGACAGCGAGGCCGUGCCCAGCCUGGCCCAGCUGGAUGCCUUUCGGCGCCACUUGGCAGCCCGGACGGCAGAGAAGGAACGCCGGCACAUGCAGUUCCUUGACACAAAGCAGCAGAUUGUGCAUUGCAUGGAGGAGCUGGAGCGCAGUCCGGACACAAGCUUUGAGAGGGAUGUGGUCUGCGAGGAUGAGGAGGCUUUCUGCCUCUCCACGGAGAACAUUGCUGCUCUGAAGAGUCUGCUGCAGCAGCUGGAGGAUGAGAGAGUUCGGAAGGAAGCUUCGUGUGAAGAACUGCGUUCUAGAAUCCUGACGCUCUGGGAUCGACUGCAGGUGCCUGCAGAGGAGAGAGAGGCAUUUGCCCCCAACAUGGUGGGAUCCACAGCCAGAACCAUGAAAUCUCUACAGUCAGAAGUGGAUCGUUUGGAGGAGCUGAAGCUCCAGAACCUACGGAACGUGAUUGAGGCUGUCCGGGCUGAGUUGGCGGAUUUCUGGGACAAGUGUUUCUAUGGUGAGGAGCAGAAGCGCUCCUUCAGCCCCUACUAUCAGGAUGACUUCAAUGAAAAUCUCCUUCGGGAACAUGAUGAUGAAGCCGAGCGGAUCAAGCAGUAUUAUGAGCAGCACCGAGAGCUGUUUGAAGCAAUUCACAAAUGGGAAGAGAACUGGCACCUCUUUCAGGAGCUUGAAAGAAAAGCAACAGAUCCAAGUCGAUUCGCUAACCGAGGGGGCAACCUUCUGAAAGAGGAGAAACUGCGAGUGAAACUUCAGAAAACCCUUCCAAAGCUGGAAGAGGAGUUGAAGGGCCGUGUGGAGCUCUGGGAGCAAGAGCAUGGGCAGGCCUUCCUGGUGAGGGGACAGCGCUUUCUGGAGUAUGUGGCGGAACAGUGGCAUGUGUACCAUCUGGAGAAGGAGAGGGAAAGGCAGGAACGACAACUCAAGAAAUCUCGCCAGAUGGAGGAAGAAAUGAGGUACGGCACCAGCCCUCGAACCCCCAGUAAAAGGCGGGCAUUGGGCCUUACCACGCCAAGCAAAGCACGAAGGUUCAAUAUCACAGCUAGCACCCCGAACAGCACCAUCCGCUCUGUCUUGGGAGGCUCCGUGUUCAGCUCUCCAGCAUCCCAUCCGCCCCUUUCUGGAAGGAAGCCCCUCCGGACUCCUAGCCGAACGGCCACCAAACCCCCUCACCAAGGGCGCCUAGAGCACAACAAGGAGAACGUCUCUCAGCUCAACGGAACAGCUCUGAGCGGUGGGUGCACCUCCACAGCCCCUCUCCAGCGUCCCUGCGGCAUUAAUUCUGUUGCCAGCACCUAUUCAGAGUUUGCGCGCGAACUUUCAAAGGCUUCCAAAUCUGAGCCCAGAUCUGGCAUCCUUAACUCCACCGCUUCAAACAUUGAGAGCUGAAAGGGAGCCGCUGGCGUGCUGCAGGAAAGAGCCGCCCCCGCCUGCCUGUCCCCAUCUUGGUCCUCCUCCUUGCUCAAGUGGGAGGGAGUUGGGAAACAUUCCCAGACCAGCCCUCCUAAUGCGUAGCCACCUCUGGAGCAGAGGUGAGAAAGCACUUUUAACAGUUACUUGUUUUUAAUGGGAUUAAUUUUUGCAAACAUUGUAUUUUAAAGCAAAUUAAAGGAGCAGAGGGAUUCUGAACACUGGUGUACUCUGCACAGCAGCAGCGGGUGUGGUCAGCUUGGCCUGUCCCUCUGCUAUGCUCAGAACGGGUGCAGCAUCAUUCCCCUGGACAGCAGCUCUCUUCAUCUUCUGCCUGUCCCAUUUCCAUAGAAACUGCCCUAUAGUUCUCAUGCACAUGCAUAAGGAGGGGUGGAAGGCUUUAGCUGUCUGGGAGUAGUACUGAGGUAGUGUAGUUACAGGGAAGAGGGCAAGGAGGCUACGAGGGCUGGCCACUGAGGAGGGAGUGCCCCGACAGGUGGCUUUUGUAACCCUAAUAAUACCCCCACCACCGCAUGUGCAACUGAGUUAGCACCCUUUAUUCUUGGGACAAAAAGAGAGAGGAGAAUGGACCUCUGCCAUCCAUACUUAUUCAUCAUGAUUGCAUUUUUACCUUGUGUUCACUACAGCCCCCCAUUAUUUAUUUCUGCGAAUACAUGUCCACCCUUUGUUGUACUAUAUAUUGAAAAAUCAACUGUAUUGUUCUAAUCUGAGGCUUGGAUUGAAACAGACAUGUGGAGGUGGGGUGGGGGAAAUGUCUUCAUUGCAGGAGCAGCCCCCUAACCAAUCAGCCUCCCAUCUAUCCAGGCUUGAAUGCCUCCUGACUGCUUGUCAGCAAGGGUGACGGCAGCAAUUAUUUUCUUAAUGAAAUGACUGUUAAACCUGUUUUGUCUGUCUUGUGCAAUUUAAUGCUGUAUAUGAGUAUACUAAGAUUCUGUGUUCAUCAGACCAAAAUAUAUAUUAUGAUUCUGCA